AUGAAUGUUGUAGGUCAGUUUCACGAUAAGGUAUCCUUGAAUGAUGUCGAGAAUUCAGCUAGUGCAACCAAUGGCAAUGGUAUCAAAUAUGAUAGUGAUAAUGAGAACAUAACCUGGAACGAGAUGAAUCAUUAUAAUAACGAAAGCAAGUAUAUUAAUGAAGUCACUUUUUAUGUUUCACAAGAUUUAAAUAUCCCAUUCAAAGUGAAAUUGAAUUCAUUAGAGGGGUUUAAAACUUUAUUGAAACCAUCAGAGAAAAUUCUUCACCCAGAAUUAUGUAUUAUUCAAUCAAAUGUAAAUACCGUUAGUGAGUUGAUAGCAUCGGUUCAAAUAUUCAAUAGUGACACCGAACAAAUACUGACGUUGCCUGAAUUCACUCCAUAUAUUCAGUUUCAAAAACAAAGGAAAUGGGAUUUUACAAUAAGUCUACCGAUACUCAUCAAUCAACUGAACCUAAACUCUAAAUUAAGAAUAAUAUUAUGGGAAUUUAAUGGAUAUAAAAAAAUACCCUUUUAUAAAAUAGAAACAUUUGUAUUUGAUCAAAAAGACAAUACUCUAAAAAGAGGAUUAGAGGCUAUUAAGUUUGAUAUCACUCAAAAAGAUCAUUGCAGUAUUAUAACGGAUAACAAACAUUUGAAUAAUUUAAAUAAAUAUCUUAGAGGUGAGAUGAAGGCAGUUGAUUGGCUAGAUAAAGUUACUCUUCCAUUAAUUGAGAAACAGUUAUUCAAAAGCUUAAGAGAUCUACCGAAAAACACAUUUGUUCUGAAUAUCGAAUACCCUACUUAUGAGUUACCUGUUGUAUACACAGAUAGACUAACUGUAAAAACACAAAACAAUCCAUUAAGUUUAGCUAACUCCGAACUGAAUAGUUCAAUGUUACAAAAUAACUAUAAAAAAAACAACACUAAUGGCUCUAAUUAUAAUAGAGCUGCAUCAAAGAUAGGUAGUAAAAAUGAAUAUAAUACACAAUCCGUAAACAAUACAAAUACUGGUAAUAAUACUGUAAAUAACAAUACCAUGGAUACACUUGGUGCUAAAAUUUCAACUGGUACUCCAUAUAAAUCUACACUUAAAUUUUAUGACCCAGAUCAAUAUAAUACUGAUCCCAUUGAAGAAAAAUAUAGAAGAUUAGAGAGAACCACAAAAUCAACAAGUUUGGAUAGGAACUUAAAACCUGAUGCUAAAAAAAGAGAUUAUCUAAACAAGAUAAUAAAUUAUCCACCAGGUACUACUUUAACAGCACAUGAAAAGGGUUCAAUUUGGAAGUAUAGAUAUUUCUUAGUGAAUAAUAGAAAGGCCCUAACGAAAUUAUUAAAAAGCACAAAUCUGAAUGAAGAAGGUGAACGUACAGAAGUUCUAGAUUUGAUGGACUCAUGGGUGGAAAUUGGUAUCGAUGAUACGAUCGAACUAUUAGGCUCUGAGUACAAGAAUAUUUCAAUUAGAGCGUAUGCUGUAAAUAGAUUAAAAAAAGCUACAGACAAGGAACUGGAAUUAUACUUGUUGCAGUUGGUACAAGCUGUGUGUUUUGAAAGUCUAACCACUUUAACCGAUGAAUCUAAUAACGAGUAUUCAAUUGUUAAUAUUAAUUCAUUUAAAAAUAAUAUUUCAAACCAAAAAAAACGAGAAACAGAAAAUAAUGCACAUAAUAAUAAAAACACUUUGAAUUCGGAUUCAAUUUUAAAGGACUCUGAAAUUGUUAUCUCACCUUUAGCAGAAUUUUUAAUUCGCCGUGCAUUGAAAAAUUUAAGACUAGGGACAUAUUUUUAUUGGUAUUUAAAAGCAGAACUAGCCGAUAAUCCUUCCUUGAAUAAUAUUAUCGAGUCCUAUUAUGCUAGAUUAUCCAGUGAAGGAAGAUUGACUUUAGACGAGCAACUUAAAUUUAUAGAUAUUUUAAGAGAUUGUUGCAUUCAAGUAAAAAAGUUGAAAGACUCCACAAAAAAGAAUGAAUUGGCACAACAUUUAUUAUCUUCAAAAUUAAGAAACCAUUUAAAACGCCAUCAUGUAGUGUUACCAUUGAAUCCUGAUAUCACUGUCGUUGAUGUGGACCCAGAAGGCUCUAGAGUAUUUAAAAGUUCAUUAUCACCAUUGAAAAUCAAUUUAAAGGGAGUCCACGGGGAACAUUACUCUAUGAUGUUUAAGGUCGGAGAUGACCUGAGACAAGAUCAGUUGAUUGUACAAAUUAUUAGUUUAAUGAACGAAUUAUUGAAGAAUGAGAACGUUGAUUUAAAAUUAUUAACCUACAAAAUUUUGGCAACAAAUUCCCAGGAAGGUGCAAUUGAAUUCAUUCCAAAUGAAACAAUGGCAACUAUUUUGAGUUCUUACAAUGGUAUUCGACCAUAUUUUAAAGCGCAUAAUUUUGAUGCAAAUGAAAGUUCUGGGGUAAAACAAGUAGUAAUGGAUACUUUUGUAAAGUCUUGUGCUGGAUAUUCUGUCAUUACAUACUUAUUAGGAGUUGGUGAUAGACAUUUAGAUAACCUUUUAAUAACACCAGACGGUCACUUUUUUCAUGCUGAUUUUGGAUACGUCUUAGGCCAAGAUCCAAAGCCCUUUCCACCUUUGAUGAAACUUCCACCUCAAAUAAUAGAAGCAUUUGGUGGUAUAGAAUCUGCAAACUUUGAUAAAUUUAGAAGUUAUUGUUUUGUAGCAUAUUCGAUUUUGAGAAGGAAUGCAGGUUUAAUAUUAAACUUAUUUGAGUUGAUGAAAACUUCUAACAUUCCAGAUAUAAGGAUAGAUCCUGAAGGUGCAGUUCAAAAAGUGAAGGAAAGAUUUAACUUAGAUAUGUCUGAGGAGGAAGCUACUAUUCACUUUCAAACUCUAAUCAAUGAUAGUGUUAGUGCCAUUUUACCUAUUGUAAUUGAUCAUUUACAUAAUUUAGCACAAUAUUGGAGGGCAUAA